UCACGCGGGUGGCGCGGUGAUGGCCUGCAAUCUCUGCGGGUCGUCUUGCGACGCGCCUCUGCUGUACGGCGAGCUUCUGCGCAAGCGAGAGAUUGUCUGCCACCACUUCUGCUUGCUAUUUUCUCAGGGUCUGCCGCAAAAUGGUAGCGAUCAUGAGGGACUCCAGGGUUUCAAGCUUCCAGAUAUACGCAAGGAAAUCAAGAAAUCUGCGCGUAAGGUGUGUCACUUCUGCCAGCGGCGCGGCGCCCACUCCCGCUGCCACGCGCCGGAGUGCAGCAAGAAGUUCCACGUCAGCUGCGCCGUCCACGCCGGCGCACUGCUCAGCUUCUUCGGCCGGUUUGAGUGA